UUCCCUCCUGCAGCAUCCCCGGCCAUCUCCUCCGGCCGAUGCCGGCAUCCGUCUUCCGGGUUCCGUUUCCUGCGAGCGUCGGGACGUACGGGGGACAGAGCCGGCGGGAAAUUCAAAAAUGUUAAAAAAAAUCUUAUAGUAUUACAUUACUGUAUCAAACCAUUUCACAUACAUUUUGUCCCUAGUGCUUUGUCCUGUGCCCUGCCUGCAUUUUUACUGUUCUUUCUGCCUUGAAACUGAGAAAAGUCCAUGGCAUCCAAAAAGCGUCCCUUUAGGUCAAAAGCGGUUUUAGACCAGCUAGAGAACAGUGAUAGUAAAUCAGAACCACUUGCAGAAUUUA